ACAGCAAACACUCCGGUACCACCGAUCCUUGUUUCUGUGACCAUUUUGAAAGCAUCAGCACAUAUUUUUUCACGAUGCCGAUGGAUAUUCGUCAAUUUUUCAAAGGCGGAGGAUCCAGCAAAAAAAACACCGUAAAGCCGGUAUCCAAUUUGAUGGAUCAGGUCAAACUGGUGAACUCUGGCUCCAAAAAGCGCAAAGAAUCCCCCGUACACGAGGAAGAAUCCACAAAUACUUUUCUUGAAUCCACUGGAAAUGUUCCUAUUCAGGAACGAGAGAAAGAGCCAUCAGGUCGUAGGAGAUCGCCCCGUAAGCUGUCGAAAAAUAGUCCGGCAAACGUAGUGCGAGCCGAGAUUGGAUUUGUCGACGGAACGAAAGAAAAGCCGAUCGCUAGUCCCAACAAAGCUCUGGAUAUGAGUUUAUCGAAAAAAUCUUCCAAAUUAGCAACGUCACCCCAAAAAAAACCGUCGGGAGUUGUCAGCAUUGCCAACUCUCUUCCCCCGACCGCCGCUAUCGGGAAUCGCAAUGUCCCUUCCGAUUUCAGCCCCUCGCCGCAGACCCGCAAAUCUCCACCCACGAGUACUGUGAGCAACACGAAACGCCUAAAGCGUGAUCCGCCUCUGGAGCCCAAGCUAACACAAUCAUCGUUCAAUGUCGACAAGGCUGCUCCAGAAUGUUUGAGAGGCUGCACGUUUGUCUUUUCCGGUGUCUUACCGAACCUCAGUCGCGAGGACGGCCAGGAAAUGGUCAAAACACUUGGCGGACGGAUCACUGGAGCUGUAUCAAGUUUGACAAAUUAUCUUGUUGUUGGCGAAGAGUUGGAAGAUGGACGUGUCUACACAGAGGGCAGCAAGUACAAACGUGCGGUCCAAGAAGGUACGCACAUUGUUCAGGGCGAGGAGGCCUUUUACGGGUUGCUACAGCAGUACAAUGACAAGGAAAUCGCAGCAGGAAAUGCUUUAUUGAACACAGCUCCCAAACUGAGCCAAUCGGAAGCACCUCUUGCUGCGAAUCCGUAUGCCAAGAAGGCGCCAAAUAAUCCUUACGCCAAACCUGCCCUUUCAAAUCCUUACGUUAAGGCAAAACCAUACACUUCUGGCAAGCCUUCGCCUGCAGAAAUUAGCUCACCAGUCGACAUCAAAGCAGAUCGCUCUUCCGGUGCUAACCUUCUUUGGGUGGACAAGUACAAACCGACUCGCUCGGGGGAAAUUUUGGGAAAUGCCGAGUCGGUGAAGAAGCUUGGCCUUUGGCUGUCAUCUUGGGAACAGAAGUUUAACAACUCCAAAGCUGUUGGAAAAGGUGUUGCUAAUCCAAACGAUCGCUUCAAGGCCGCACUUUUGUCUGGGCCACCUGGCAUUGGUACAACUAUUGUUGCAAAAGAAUCAGGUCGCGAUGUGAUUGAAUUCAAUGCUUCCGACGUGCGAUCCAAGAAAGCGAUCAAAGACGACAUGGGUGAUAUCACUGGUUCAUACACACUCGAGUUUGGCAAACCCGCCAUCAAUGAAAAGCGCCAAAGUAGUCGGAUUAAGCGUUGUAUAAUUAUGGACGAAGUUGAUGGCAUGGGUGCUGGGGAUCGCAGUGGGAUGUCAGAACUUAUUCAAAUGAUUAAAAAGAGCCGAGUUCCGAUUAUCUGCAUUUGUAACGAUCGGCAGUCCCAAAAGAUGAAAAGCCUGCUUCCCUACUGUAUGGAUCUUAGGUACCGGCGACCGACAAAAUCUGUAAUCGCGAAUCGCGCUGUAAGAAUUGCGGCACAAGAAGGAUUUACCGUCGAACAAAACGCAGCUGAAGCGAUUGCUGAGUCAUGCGGAAACGACGUUCGGCAGGUUUUGAAUUGCAUGCAAAUGUGGGCCAGUGACAGCAGUAGUGAAUCGCGCAUGACUUACAAGGAUUUGAAACAACGCGAGAGCUCCAUUAACAAAGACGAGAUCCUCCGCGUCAGUCUUUUCGAUGCAGCGCGAAAUAUUUUGGAAGGUCGUCGAGGGCUACAAGGAGCUGAUGCAUCGACCGAGCGACAGCACUUUUUCAGAAGAAACGAUGCCUUCUUCGUAGACUACAACUUUGUUGGUCUGUUGGUACAGCAGAACUACAUCAAAGUGAUGCAAGGUCAGUUCAAUGAUGCAAAACGUUCAAAUGACCAGUCCAAUAUUUUAGGUGUUUUGGAGCGAAUGAGCCAGGCCUCGGAUGCCAUGUCCGAUUUUGCUGAGGCCGAGAACGGACUGAGGGGAGGCCAGAACUGGAGCCUUUUGCCCUUUUGUGCAAUGCUAGCGGUAAAAACUGGCUUCCAUGCUGGUGGUCCCAAUGGGGGCGGUCUUCCUGGCUUCCCAGACUUUACUUCUUGGCUUGGACGAAAUUCUAGCAAAGGCAAGAAAGCUCGUCUGUUACACGAACUACAGCAUCACAUGAAUUAUAAGAUUAGUGGUGGAGCUCAAGAAAUGCGUUUAUCCUACCUACCAGUUUUACGUGACCGGUUCUUGUCGCUCCUACUGGGCAGAGAAGAAGGACUCACUGAAAAAGCCAUUGACCUCAUGGAUGAAUAUGGCCUGGACCGAGACGACGUCUUCGAAAAGCUUGAUGAGUUUCGAAUGGAUCACAAGGCGGACACCUUCGCUAAGCUGGAUAGCAAGAAAAAGGCCGCCUUCACAAGGUUUUAUAAUCAAGGUACUCAUAGAAGCCAAGCACUAGUGGCUGAACAAGGCGGUAGCAAGACGGUUAAGCGUGGUGCUAACGCGGUUGCGGAGGAAACGAUUGAUCCAGAUGCCAUCGACGAUGAUGUCGCAAAGGCUGAAGAAAAUGAAGGUGAUGAUGCGGACGAGGACAUGGAAAAGAUUAAAGCCAUGUUCAAAAAGAAAGGGCGAAACACGACGCAGAAAGCUGCUACCAAGGGUAAAGCCAAGAAAAAGAAAUAG